ACCCUCUUCGGCCGCCAUAGGUGGACGAAAACACUGGGGAGAUGGAGAAGUAGAAAUUGUUCUUGAAAGCGUUACCUUUAGACUCUCGUUGUGGGAGGUAGAAAGUCCGGUCCUGAGUCGUGGGAGCGCAGGAUCCUUUGCAGGAGGGAGGAGUUAGAGGCUUUGGGGUCAGCAUUUCUGGGGACACGCUUGAGUGAAGACGGAUUUCGGAAGAGGAACUUAGAGCAGAUCCUGCGGACCGGCGGACAGAGCCUCCCUGUUGCCAGCUCUUUCCAGAGACAGAAGAAGAUGAUCCAGGCCCAGGGAACCCUGACCCUGGAGGAUGUGGCCGUGGACUUCACGUGGGAGGAGUGGCAGCUCCUGACCCCCACGCAGAAGGACCUGUUCCGGGACGUGACGCUGGAGAACUACCGCAACCUGGUGGCCGUGGGUUGUCAAGCCAGGGAACUAGCCGUCCUGUCCAUGGUGGAUCUAGGAGGACAGCCACGGGCGAUGGGGAAUGACAUCCACUAUUGGAGCCAUUCAGGGGAUCAAGUCAGCCAACCAGAUACACUUUCCAGGUGGGAAGGAGGAGAAGAACUGGGGCCUGUAGAAAAUGCAGUCCCCCGUGGAAUCUGUCCAGAAAUCCGGGAAGUUGAUGACCCUCUGCAGCAUCACUUGCAAAACCAAAGCAUUCAAAAGAGUGUGGGAAAAUGCCAUGAACAUAAUACAUUUGCAAAUAUUGUUAAUCAGAGAGAAAGUCAUUUCCUGUUAAAGCAGAAUUGUGAUAUGUUUGACUUACGUGAAAAAAUGCUUAAAUCAAAUGUAAGUUUUGAAAACCAGAAGAGAAGCUGUAACUUAAAGAACUCUGCUGAGUUUAAAGGAAAUGGGAAUUCCUUUCUCCAUGCUAACCAUGAACAAUAUUUUACUGAAAUUACCUUUCCUGUAAGUGCAAAACCUAUCAACACUAAACCACAGUCCACAAAGCAACAGCGAAUUCAAAACAUAGAGAAAACCCAUGUAUGUGGUGAAUGUGGGAAAGCCUUUCUCAAGAUGUCUCAGCUCUUUUAUCAUCAGAGAGUUCAUACUAGAGAAAAACCUCAUGGAUGCAGUAUGUGUGGGAAAGCUUUCUCCAGAAAAUCCAGGCUAACUGAACAUCAGAGAAUUCAUACCGGACUGAAAGAUUAUGAGUGCACUGAAUGUGAUAAAACCUUCUUGAAGAAAUCUCAGUUCAACAUACAUCAGAAAACUCAUAUGGGAGAGAAACCUUACACAUGUAGUGAAUGUGGGAAAGCAUUCGUCAAAAAGUGUCUGCUCAUUUACCAUCAGGGAACUCAUACGGGAGAGAAACCCCACGGAUGCAGCCUAUGUGGGAAAGCCUUCUCUACAAAGUACAGUCUCACUACACAUCAGAAAACUCACACAGGAGAGAAACCCCAUGGAUGCAGUCUGUGUGGAAAAGCCUUCUCUACAAAGUUUAGUCUCAAUGCACAUCAGAAAACUCAUACAGGAGAGAAACCUUACAUAUGCAGUGAAUGUGGAAAAGGCUUUAUUGAGAAGAGGUGUCUUAUUGCACACCAUAGAACUCAUACUGGUGAGAAACCUUUUGUAUGCAAUGAAUGUGGGAAAAGUUUCACCUUGAAGAACAGUCUUAUCACACAUCAACGAAUUCAUACUGGAGAGAAACCCUAUACAUGCAGUGAGUGUGGGAAAGGCUUCACCUUGAAGAGCCCUCUCAUCAGACAUCAGCGAACUCAUACAGGAGAGAAACCCUUUGUAUGUAGUGUUUGUGGAAAAGGCUUCACCAUGAAGGGUGAUCUCAUUAUACAUCAGCGAACUCACACUGCAGAGAAACCAUAUAUAUGCAGUGACUGUGGGAAAGGCUUCACUGUGAAGAGCCAGUUGAUUGUACAUCAGCGAACUCAUACAGGAGAGAAACCCUACGUGUGCAGUGAAUGUGGGAAAGGCUUUCCAGCCAAGAUCCGGCUGAUUGGACAUCAGCGAAUUCACACGGGAGAAAAGCCCUAUGUAUGCAGUGAAUGUGGAAAAGGCUUCACGGAGAAGAGUCAUCUCAAUGUACACCGGCGCACUCACACAGGAGAGAAACCCUAUGUAUGCAAUACAUGUGACAAAGGCUUCAGUGGGAAAAGCACGCUGGUUGCACACCUGAGAACUCAUACUGGAGAGAAACCCUAUGUAUGUAAUGAGUGUGGCAAGGGCUUCACCAAGAAGAGUACUCUGGGUACACAUCAGCAAACUCACAUUAGAGAGAAACCGUACAAAUGCAAAGAGUGUGAUAAAGCCUUCAGGAAGAAGACAUGCCUCAUGCAACAUCAGAGGUUUCACUCAGGAAAGACUUCUUUGCUUGUACUGAAUGCAGACAAUUCUCUUUGUGCAAAAAUGAUCUUACUACCCAUCAGAGAAUUCACCCGGGAGAGAAGCCAUAUGAAUGCAGUGAAUGUGGGAAAGCCAUCAGCACAAAGUCAGGGCUCAAUGUUCAAAGAAAACGUACAGGAGAGAGGCUCUAUGGAUGCAGUGAAUGUGGGAAAGCUUUAGCCCACUUGUCAAUACUCAUUAAACAUAAAAGAAUUCACAGGUA